CCGGAGACGGAAGCGUCUGUGUUGGUUAGCUUUAGCCGGCAGAGCGGUGCUACAAUCAUACGCGUGCUAAAGAUAGGCAGAGACAUAUCGCAAAAAACUUUUUGAACAACAUAUAUGUCAUUUGGCGGAAGUCAAAACGGCGGCCGCCGCACCAGCAAGUGGGACCAGCCGGGUCCAGGUUCUGGAGGUGCGACCGAGGCUGCACCCACCGGGGCUCUGGACGCUGCUGCUGCCGUGGCCGCCAAGAUUAACGCCAUGCUGAUCGCCAAGGGCAAACUCAAGCCGUCACAGAUAGGCACACCGGGAUUUGUUGAUAAGGCACUGGCCACUGGGAAGCCUCUGGUGCCUGCAAAGACCAAAGAUGACCUGGUGGUGGCAGAAGUUGAGAUCAACGACGUCCCCAUCACUUGCCGCAAUCUCUUGACGCGAGGGCAGACGCAGGAUGAGAUCAGUAAAGUGAGCGGUGCUGCUGUGUCAACCAGAGGUCGCUACAUGUCCCCAGAGGAGCGGAGCAAAGCGCCUCCAGGGGAUCGGCCGCUGUAUCUGCACGUUCAAGGGCAGACGAGGGAUAUUGUGGACCGGGCUGUCAACAAAAUCAAGGAGAUCAUCACCAAUGGGGUCGUGAAAGCGGCAACUGCAACGUCCUCAGCGUCCCCUUCUUUCUCCUCAUCCGGUGUGCCGUCAGUUACAGUUUAUCAGCAACCACCUCCACCCUCACUGCCUCCAAUGCCCCCCCACAAACCACACUUCCAGACCGGGAUGCAUUACGUUCAAGAUAAAAUCUUUGUGGGCCUGGAGCACGCUAUCCCGGGCUUUGUGGUCAAAGAGCGUGUGGAGGGUCCCAGCUGCUCGUACCUGCAGCACAUCCAGGCUGAAACCGGGGCCAAAGUCUUCCUCAGGGGAAAAGGCUCGGGCUGUUUGGAGCCUACGUCUGGAAGAGAGGCGUUUGAGCCCAUGUACAUCUACAUCAGCCAUCCCAAACCAGAGGGUCUUGCAGCAGCCAAGACGUUGUGUCAAAACCUGCUUCAGACUGUCCACGCAGAGUAUUCCCGCUUCCUCACUCAAAUGAGCUCAGUGAUGCCAUCUCAACAAGGCUUUACACCGCCCCCGGUCGUGAACGGGAUGCCCCCACAGCCCGCCUUCUACCCCCCAGCUGGGUUUCAGCCGGGCUUUCCACUGCCUGUGCCCCCACCUCAGCCCCACCCUCCACCACCACCCUUCUCUGUUCCCCCUCCCAUGCCCCCCGUGCCACCCAAGGGUGUUCUCCCUCAGUAUCCACCUGGAACAACUAUAAAUAUCGCACCGCCCGUGGGUCCGGCGCCUGUUCCUGUUCCGCCCCCUGUUCCUGCCCCGGCUCCUGCUCCAGCUCCUGUGGCUCAGACCGUUCCACCUCUCGUGUCCUUUCCUCCAUCAGCUGUGGCGCCGCCCAAAGCACCGCCUCCCGCCAUCCCGGCCAAUCCGCCUCAGAAGAGACGCUUCACAGAGGAAGUGCCGGAUGAGUGUGACAGUGGCCUGCUUGGAUAUCAGGUGCAGGCUUCUCAGCGGGCGGCCCCGAGACUACAGGACCCCCAUCAUCGAGUUCCUCUGGCCCACCGAGUGAGAGGGACAGGUACUGAAAGUUCUGUUGGACUAGAUGUACAUAGAGACACUCAGUUCACGAGACGAUACACGAGAUUGUGUCUACGGGAACGAGAUGAGACGAGAUUUUAACAUUUCUUUUAAGAAAAGUACAGUGAAAAAAUGUAAAAAAUAUGACAAUAUGUUUCAGUCUACAGUACUAAUUGAAUUUCUAUUACGUUACGCUCUUCUGCACUCUGUGUGUAUGCCAGUGGCCCCGCCUCCACCCCUGAGGGAAAAACAAACUGUAUGACUGACAAAAGGGCUCACUCCGUUCAUUGUGUGGUUCUAUGGGACAACCGCGCCACGGUGCUGAAACAAAUCCCUCGUUUAUCGCGGUUAUUGGUUCCAGACCCAACUGUGAUAAGUGAAUUUCCACGAAGUAGGAUUAUAAUAAUCAAUCAAACUUUUAUGUAUAUAGCCCCUUACAUCAGCUGUAGCUGAAUCAAAGUGCUGUACAACAGUGCAAGAAAAAACAGCAAAAUAACACAAGAAGAAUCAAAUAAAAUAAUAAAUAAAAGGUAUUAAAAGAUUAUAACAUUUUAAAAGAGUGUCUCAUGUGCCAAAUGCACUUUGGAGCAAUUGAGUCUUCAGUUUUGCUUUAAACAGAUGAAAGUCCGUGAUGGUCCGCAAUAAUAUCAACUCUGAAACAGACUGGAAGCCAGUGCAGAGUGCGCAGAACUGGAGUGAUGUGGCUCUGUCUACGAGUGCUGGUCAAAAGCUGUGCAGCAGCAUUUUGUGCCAGUUGUAAGCGGUUGAAUAAAGACUGGUAGUUACCAACAUACAUACAGGGCAUUACGGUAGUCAAUGCGAGAACUAAUGAUCGCACACGACGCUUUCAACAUCUCUCCGACGAACAAAGGGCUUCACUUUAGGCAGAAAGCAGAGCUGGAAGAAACUAGUUCCAACAAUGUUUGCCAAAGUUCCCGUAGCUGUCAAACUUAACACCCAGAUUACUAAUCACAGAUUUACAAUGGGGGCAAGAGAGUCCAUAUCGGGAACAGCACCAGCGAUAAUAAAAUGCAUUCAGUUUUGGACUCAUUCAGAUGUAAAAAGUUAUGUGACGGCCAUUUCUUGAUGUCUCCAAUGCAGUUAAAAACGGAAUCCAUUGUGUUAGGAUUGUUUGGGACAACUGGUAAAUAAGGUUGGAGGUCGUUGACAUAAAAAUGAAAGAAAAGGUCAUGCUUGACGAUAACUUAACUGAGGGGCAACAAAUAUAAAGCAAACAGGACUGGGCCAGGAAUGGAUCCCUGUGGCACACCAGAGUGGAGCAGUGGAAGACACAAAAUCAUGAAUUGUUACAGCAAAAGUCCUGUCAGUCAAAUAUGACUUGAACAACUGAUAAACGGCCAAACGCUGGAGGAGUAUAGCCUGGUCCAGCGUGUCACAUGCAGCAGUGAAGUCAAGCAUCACCAGCAACACAGGUUUUUUGGAGUCAAGAGAUAAAAGAAUGUCAUUCUGAACUUUUAAGUAUCAGUUCUGCGUUGCGAUCUAAAACCAGACUGAAACUUAUCCAAAGUUAUAUUGAAUAAUAGAAUAAUAAUAGAGAUUUACAGUAUAUAGUGCUUUUUGAGGUACCCAAAGCACUGGAGGAUAAGUGGAGGAAGCAGGGAUCAAACCACCAACCUUUUGGUUUCUGGAAGACCUGCUCUAACUCCUGAGCCACUUGUGGACCAGAUUCCUUAUUUAUUUUUUAUAACUUGAAUAGUUUCAUAAUUAGAGCAUAGAAAACCAGUUUACGACUUUCUAAAUGUCCUAAAUGUUUUCAACGUCUUUGAAUGCGUCUUCUGAAGGCCGUAUAUUUGUAUUUUAGUUCAUUUAGCCAUUUUUAUGGCCUGAGACCAUAAUUAAUCAUACAAUCAAUGAAAAUUAACUGAAAAUUAACAUCACUCUGUGCAUUGGCUAAAUGAAGCAUUUCUAAGCAUAAAAAUGGCUAAAUGACUAAAUGAAUACAAAUAUAAUACAAAUAUAAGGCAUUCAUAAGACACAUUCAAAGGUGUUGUGAUGAUAUGUAGUAUUUUACACUGGUCACUAGGUGUCAGUAAUGUUACACUGAUGAGACAAUAGCCACCACAGGAAGGACUGUACAGAGCAGAAAAACCCCAAGGAACUCUCCCAAUGCUGACAUGUGAAUCAUGUCUUGUUAAUGUCUUAAAUGUCCUAUUUUCUCUCCAUAUGUCUACUAUAUUGGGUAAUGGGCGCGUAAAGGUGACUACAGAUGUGUUACUUUUUGUCUAGAGGGGUUCCAAUAAUGUUAAAACGUGUAUUUACAAGGUCGUAAACAGGUUUUUUAUGCUCUAACUACAAAAAUAUUUUAUUUAUAAAUAAGCAAUCCUGCUUUGCGGAAAUGCACUUAUCUCAGUGGAAGCAAUGAAUGACAAACAAGGGAUUAUUGUACUUUCUAGCAUACACAUGGGUGUCCAAACUAUUUCCAGUGUGCGCCAAAUACAGACAACAAAAUGUUACAGUACUUUUUCUCUUUUUUUACAUUUUUGUUUGUAUGUAGCAAUGCUCUUUACUUACAUUUUUAGUAUUCUUAAUUUUAAUAAUAAAAAGAAAUUGCACUACAUUUUAAUACAAUUUCAAAAGACCUGUUGAAAACCCCUUUGCCGUUUUUUGGGUUUUUUUUUUUUAUGUAUUGUUUGACUGUAACCCUGACCAGUGUUGCCAUAGGGCAUAUUCCCUGCUGCUGUGUUUUACUUUUAAUCAGUUCAAGUCUUUUUGUACGACGGAGUACAAGGGCCACAUUGAGGGGGGAAAAAAUCAGACAUUUUGAGUAUAAAGUCGUAAAUUCAUGAGGAAAAAAACGUAAUAUUACGAGAAUAAAGUGGUAAAUGUACGAGAAUAAAGUUGCAAAUUUAUGAGAAAAAAGUUGUAGUACAGUGUUCCCUCGCUACAUCGCGGUUCACCUUUUGGGGAUUCUCUGUUUUGCAGAUUUUUUGAAGUGCAGUUUUGCAGAUUUUUUUUAACAGCGUAUGAGCACGUAUUGUGUUGUGCAUCGCUGUGGAGCGAUCCAUCAGUGCUCUGUUGUAUGUGUCUGUUAUUGCAUGUACUACUGCUACCAGUAGAGGGUGUUGUAUACUCAUGUGAGUGUUGGAGACGCGUGCAGCUUCACCUGUCUCAGUAUGUGUUUACGUGCCUGACGAGCACAUUCGGCUAAAUAUAGAGACACAAGAGUCCUUAUCGGCUAAGGGACAACCCGCCCAUUGUGUUCUGCGUCCUGACCAUUGUCAAUCAAUCUCCUUCGUGCCGUUUCCUGUUGUGGUCAAUAGUCGCUAGCAAACGAGCUAACUUUGUGAGUUGCUUGCUAACCGCCAAUAAACAAUAGAAGAAGAAAAAGCUAACCGGCUAAAUGAAGGGGCAAUAAGUUUUAACAAGGAUACAAAAACGCUACAGACGAGUGGAUACGCGUGAGUCACAUAAUCAUUUCUUGUGUCCAAGCUUGCAGAUUUAUUGUUUCAAUUCAAACUAAAUUUGAACUCCGAGAGUGUUUAAACGAGAGAGAAAUAUUAAUGUCUGUUUGAGAAAAGUGUAUAAAGUGCAUUUGAGGGGUUUUACAGCCGUAAAACAUAAUUGUAAACUAAUAAAGUUGGCUACUUGGGGGAUUUCUCUUAUUGCGGGCCAUUCUGGGAACCUGUCCCCCGCAUAAACGAGGGAACACUGUAUUCCAAAAAUGAAGUUGUACAUUUAUGAGAAAAAGCUCGUAAUAUUACGAGAAAGUCGCAAGUUUAGGAGAAAAAACUUGUGAUAUAAUGAGAAAAUAGUAAAUGUACGCAAACAAAGUCCUCAAUUUACAUGAAAAAAGUUGUAAGAUUACGUGUCAGAGGGAAAAUAGAGCUUCAAGCAAUGCUUUUAUUUAUCUCGUGGCAGCAAAACAGAGCUGUGGCACUCACAUUCAGCCUUCCUUACCCCGCCGCCUCCUCAUGUCCAAGGCCAAAGGUCACAUGAGUGCCCCCUUUUCAUAGCUGUUUCAGGCAAUGCCUGUAACAUUAAGUUACCAUUUUUUUCUCGUAAAUUUACGACUAUUCUUGAAAUCUCUGAUUAUUUUAAUUAUGUCGUAACAGUCAUUGCUUGAGACAGCUAUGAAAAGCGGGGACUUAUGUGACCUUUGGCCUUUAUGAUGUUAUUCUCGUAACAUGAUGACAUUUCGAGAAUAAAGUCAUAAUUUUUUUUUUGGCAAUGUGGCCCAAAUACUCUGUCGUCUUGUUGUUGUGUUAAAUACAUAAACGGGUAACUCCUGUCUUUUGAUCUUUCCUCAGUAGGCAGCUAAUGCCUCCACCCCUGUUGCCUGUAAAUGUAGUGAGACCGCAGCUGGAAGAGAGGAGGGCACCGCAAGGCCCUGUGGGUAAGUGAAUGAUGUCACAUUGUUACUGACAGUGGACCCCCCCUCAUUUUAGACAUUUGAACCUCCCAAGACUUGAUGCAGGGCUACGAUAAAAGGAUGUGAAAUGUUUCCAGGCAGAUUAGGUUACGGUCAGCACACUCAGCUGGCCUUGAUGCUUUGUAGGAUUCUUCCAGGAUUCUCCUCCUAAUAGUUGAAGUGGAACGUUGACCUUGUUGUCCAGUGUUCAGUCCUUUUGUCCCGUUCUGAUGACAUCAUCAGUCUGCAUUCUCACUAACGAGAAUCUCUCCUGUUUUUGUGUUUUCUCUUUUUUUCUGUGUUUUUCUUCUCUUCCAUGUAUCUCUGGGGCUGAUGCUGGAUACUAUUUGGGGGUGGGGCACGACCUGUCCCGUGGCGCCGGAUUGGACGGCCUAUAACCAAUGGCGGUUUUGCGGAUGUCCCACCCGUCCUGUGCUCGGCAUAAAUUUUGUUUGAAUUCACUGAACUGAACUAAUUUGCUUCUUCCUAUUUGAAUCAUGCUGCUGCCGUUGUGUUGUGGUUGCUUUCUUGUCCUCUUUCUCCCCUUCCUUUUGCAUGUGUGCUUCUUUUGCGGCACUCUAUCGCUUUCUAGCAGAGCCUGCAGGGAAGAGAAUAAAAACGGGAUUGGUGGCGUAUGCAGGCGAUUCCUCCGACGAAGAAGACGACCACUCAGCCACCAAAGCUUCAGGGCCAGGUAACCCUGGAGCAUCCCCUACUACCUCCUUAGACUGGAUCCAGGGCUAU